AUGGCAAGUGGGCCGCUGCGCCAAUGGAAUCCAUAUAUGGGGGCCUUUAUGCCCAUGAAUAAAAUUGAGCUGCGAGUUUUGAUUCGUUACUGCUGGAAGCGAGGUCUUUCAACCAGAAAAGCUGCAGAAGAGAUUUGUGCUGCCGAAGGUGAAGGAACAAUUGCAUAUGCGGCGAUCUCAAAGUGGUACAAGCGUUUCGAUUCUGGCGACAUGACUCUUGAAGAUAAGCCUCGUUCAGGACGGUCAUUAAAGUUAGAUGAUGGAGACUUACAAACCGGGUUGAACAUUGCGCCUUCAUCGAGUACUCGAGAAUUGGCUGAUGAGCUUGGAGUUGGCAAAUCAACAAUUCACCGACACUUGAGGCAACUUGAUUUUGUUCACAAAAAGCCGCGCCAAGAUCCACACGAACUCACCGAAGCACAAGCCAACAGACGACUUUAA